AUGCGUAGGCAACUCUGUUUCCUGCUGAAUUGGAAGGCAGUCGCCCUGAAACUCCAUCUGCUCUUUCUGCUCAAGCAGCUCAAACUCUUAGUGUCGGUGACUUUAGAAGGCAGCUUCAGAGGCCGAAUCAAGGGCCGCUUUGGCACCGAGAGUUUGCUGCUACUGCCUAUCCUACCCCCCCCUCUCCCGCCCUGGGUUGAGAAGAACCAACUAAAGGAAACCUUGAGCCAACUUCAGGUUGCCAGAUCCGGUACCCAGCUGCACAUAGCCGGUCUCGAGCAGGAACUGACACGUCUGAAAAAGGAACUCAACAUUGCUUUGGUGGCCCAACAGGAGCCUGAAGUGCGUAUAGUCUUAUCUGAUACUCAGCAAUGCCUCAUGCGCGCACAGCAAUAG